AUGGCUCCUUUGGAAACCCUAGUUGAGGGCUUGACUAUUGGGUCUUCCGACUCGUCUAGUGCCAUCACGGCCGGGAACUUGGCGGCCUGGGAGACCCAGCUAUUGCAGGACCCGAAAAACAGAUUGGCCCAGAACGCGUUGGCCAAAAACGCCAUCACCGAUAUCGUGGCCGCAAGCGGCUCGGAGCUAUCGUUGAAAAACCGGUACUUCUUCAACGUGGAGGUCGACACCAUUGGCUCGCCCUCGUUCUUGAACAACCAGAAAUCCUCAGGCAGGUGCUGGAUCUUCGCCACGUGCAACGUCUUGCGGGCGCACGUGAUCAAGAAAUACGGGUUGCAGCCGGACUCGUUCCAGUUGUCCCAGAGCUAUCUAUUCUUCUAUGACAAGUUAGAGAAAGCCAACUACUUUUUGGAGAACAUCAUUGACACUGCCAGCGAGCCUGUGGACUCGCGUCUCUUACAGUUUUUGUUUUCGGGCUCCGUUAGUGAUGGCGGCCAAUGGGACAUGAUUGUGAACGUCAUCGAGAAGUACGGCGUGGUGCCCAACGAGGUUUUUCCCGACAACAGCCAGGCUUCCAGCACGUCGCAGUUGAACUAUCUUUUGACCAACAAGUUGCGGGAGUACGGCUUAGUCUUGCGCAAAUUGGUACACCAAGGCACGCCCCGGAACGAGGUUCUUGCUGUGAAAAACGCCAUGAAUAAGGAGGUCUACAACAUCAUUGCCUUAGCCCUUGGAACCCCGCCAAAGCCAGGCGAUCGGUUCAAGUGGGAGUUUUUGGACAAGAGUGGCAAGUACCUGGCGUACGACACCACGCCACUUGAAUUCUAUCAGAGCCACACCGGCUACGAUGUUUCCAAGAGGUUUUCCUUGAUCCAUGACCCCAGAAACCCGUACAACUCCUUGUACACUGUGGACAGGUUGAACAACGUUUCUGGGGGCAAGCCCAUCGAGUACGUGAACUUGGAGUUGCCCGCCAUAAAAAAGGCUGCAGUUGCCAUGUUGAAAAGCAACGAGCCCAUUUUCUUUGGCUCCGACGUGGGCAAGUUCAACAAUAAUACCACGGGUGUUUUGGACACGGGUGCCUACGAUUACAAGCUUGCCUUCAACACGUCGUUGAAGCUCUCCAAGCUGGAGAGGUUGCAGACCGGGUCUUCGGCGAUGACCCAUGCCAUGGUGAUUACGGGGGUGCAUUUGGACAAUGUCUCUGGGGCGCCUGUCCGGUGGAAAAUCGAAAACUCCUGGGGCGACCAGGUGGGCGAUAAGGGCUAUUUCGUGAUGACCGACGCGUGGUUUGACGAGUACGUGUUCCAGAUCGUCACCAGCAAGAAGUACGUGGAAAAGUCUGUCUACGAUUUGUGGAAGGCGAAAAAGUACGAGCAGCUCCCGUUCUACGAUCCGAUGGGGGCAUUGGCUUGA